AUGUCGGUGUUAGAAGAAAGCCGGCCGUUUGCUCAACAGCUAUCCAAUGUCUAUUUUACGAUACUCUCCCUUUUCUGCUUUAAACUUUUUGUGAAAAUCAGCCUUGCCAUCCUUAGUCAUUUCUACAUCGUGAAAGGCAACCGAAAGGAAGCCGCGAGGAUAGCAGCUGAAUUUUAUGGAGUAACCCAAGGACAAGGAUCCUGGGCAGAUCGAUCACCACUGCAUGAAGCUGCAAGUCAAGGUCGCCUUCUUGCUCUGAGGACAUUAUUAUCACAAGGCCACAAUGUAAAUGCAGUAACGAUAGACCAUGUCACCCCACUCCAUGAGGCCUGCCUAGGUGAUCAUGUGGCAUGUGCAAGGACCCUUCUGGAAGCUGGGGCUAACGUAAACGCAAUCACAAUAGAUGGUGUGACUCCCUUGUUCAAUGCAUGCUCACAAGGCAGCGCCUGCUGUGCAGAACUCCUUUUGGAAUAUGGUGCCAAAGCUCAACUCGAGUCCUGUUUUCCAUCUCCAACACACGAGGCUGCCAGUAAAGGUUACCAUGAAUGCCUCGACAUUUUGAUAGCCUGGGGCAUAGAUGUUGACCAAGACAUUCCUCACUUGGGGACUCCUCUUUAUGUAGCUUGUAUGUCACAGCAGUUUCACUGCAUCUGGAAGCUUCUUUAUGCUGGGGCUGAUGUCCAUAAAGGCAAGUUCUGGGACACUCCACUACAUGCUGCUGCUCAACAACCGAGUACUGAAAUUGUGAACUUAUUGCUAGAAUUUGGCGCAGAUAUCAAUGCCAAGAACAUGGAACUUUUGCGGCCUAUCGAUGUGGCUCCAUCUAACAGUGCUGUAGAAAGAACACUUCUUCAACAUGAAGCUACCCCAAGCUCUCUUUGCCAGCUCUGCCGACUCUGUAUCCGCAACUACAUAGGAAGACAAAGGUUGCACCUCAUUUCCCAGCUCCAGUUACCAACAUUGCUGCAGAAUUUCUUACAGUACCGAUAA